AUGGUAGGGGUGAUUUCAGAUUUGGCAAAACUGGUGUUUUUUAAGGCCAUUAUGACAGUUGGAGAAGGAGAAGGCAAUGCAAUAUCACAGUCCUUCAUUUGGUUGAUUAACCAGAAUCUUUUCAAUGUUAUUGUAAAAUCUGAUUGCAAAGUAAUUAUAGAUCAGAUUCUUAAUAAUGAGGAAGCAUCAAUGAGAGUUGAUAUAGAUCAUAACAAAACUAGAUUUGUUAUUGGAUAUAACAUGGAUCGUGUCCGAGCAUAUUCAUCACCACAAUUUCUUUCUUCAAAUAACUUACAUGAAUUACAAGAAGAUGAAAAAGAAUGCGGAUUGGGAGGCAUUGCUACAAAUGUUAAAUUGUUACUGAAGCUAAUUCAAGAUCAAAAUGAGUCUAGCACAAAAGAAAAUGAUGAGCGAAAGUAUCAAAGGGUGAAUGGAAUGAUGUUUAUCCUAGAUGAGGUUAGGGCUAGGAUUCAAAAGAUUCAAUCUACAACCAAGAGAAGAGCUGAACUUAGGAGAUGUAACACUGACCUUAGGUCUAACUUUCCUCCUCCCAAGGACAAAAAACUUCCCCUUGAUAUGUCUGUAGAUGAGAAAGAGAGGCUCAAAAGAGAGCUUAACGCUAGUUUGGUGGCACGGCAAAGCCUUCAAGCAUUAUGUUCGAGUUUGGGAAAAGAAAAACAAAUUAUGGCUGCUGAACUUGCAAGAAAGGCUCAAGAGUUGACAGAACUUGAGGACCUCAUUAAUGAUCUAAAGGCACAAAAUGACAUGUUGAUGGAGAAGUUGCAUGCAUGUAGCUCUGAUCAAAAGGAGAAGAAGAGUAAUGGGGUGGAAAUGGAAUGUAACAUGGUGCUAAGAGAACGCAACAAGAUACUUUCAGAACAACUCCAAAAGUCCAUUGAAAGUUAUCGAUCUUUGAAGAAAAGAAUUAGAGAUAUUCAAGAGGAAAAUAGACAAAUUCGUGACACGAUUGAACAAAUGGAUGAGGAAGUUGAUGUAGACAUUAAAAGGAUAAGUAGCUUCAAGGAAGGAAGGAUGAGAACUAAUGUGACAAUGAAAAGUGAUCCUAGACCGUCGUUAUACAUGGCACCAACAAUUGGCAGUUUCAGAACAUUCACGUGA